AUGCCACAAACAUGCAUACCACCUGUGAUAGCAAAUGAAGCUGCUUUAGCCUUGUCAAUAUGCCCUGAAUAUAAUAAAAAAAGGGAAUUUAUCAAGGACAAACCAUUAUCAUCAUGUAUUAAGAAAUUGGUGAUGGAUGAUGUUAGUGUUGAUAGGAUUGGUGGGAAUAAGGAUGAUGCAGAUAAUGAAAUUGACCACGGAUUUAAUGAAUUUGAUGAGGAAUGUAAUGAUAUUAACCGGGAUUUUAAUGAAUUUCAUGAGGCAUGUAAUGAUAUUAACCAGGGAUUUAAUGAAUUUGAUGAGGCAGCUAAUGACUUUGAUAUUGGAUUGUACCAACAGAUUUUACAGUCUAAUGAACAGAAUGUAGAUGAUGAGGUUCAUGAAGGUAAGGAAAAUACAGUUAAUAAGGAAGUCACUGAAGAAGAGAAUCAUGACAGAAAUGAAAUGAAUGAUGAGAAUGUAGAGAUGAGAGAUUUUGCAGUUGAUGAUGGAAGUGAAGAUAACAUAGAGAUUGAUGAAGACAAUACUGAAAGAAGUGAUGAGAGUGAGGACAGUGAUGAUAGUGAUUUCUGGGUGGAUGAAGACAACAUCAUCCCUGAUGUAGAAGUAGACAUGAGGGAUUUUUACAUGAAUAUAGAUCUUGAAGCAGAAUUUCUUGAAAAAAGAUUACCAAAGCAUAGAGAGAAUGACAAUGAUGAGGUCAAUGAAGAGUUGGGUGUUAUAGAUAAUGAUCAAUGGGAUUCAUUGGAUGAGGGUUCUGAUAUAGAUAGGAAAAGAAGAGCUGUAAUAAAGGAAUUGGGGAAGGAGACUAGGUGCUCUCAAGGUGAGAUACACAAGGUAACUUUUAGGAUAGGACAAAAAUAUAAAAAUAAGAAGGAGUUAAAGGAAAAGAUACAAUUGCAUGCACUGGAAACAAGAAGGAAUAUAUUCUUUGUGAAAAACGACAAAAUGAGGUUAAGGGCAAUCUGUAAAGGAACUGUGGCCUUUAAUGAUGGUCAUUCAGUGAACCUACCCCUUGUCCUUGGGUGA